UUCCAGGCCGAUUCUCGCUGUCGUCGUAGCCUUCGUCCUCCUCUCGGUGUUGUUGUUCUCGGUGACGCGACGGAGGUGUAGCCUGACGCGGUCUCUUACGUGUCGGUCUGAAUAAAAGUGGAGCUCCGUAGACCCGGGAGUGACGAAGCGAGUCUGUGUUGAUUUUUAAAUGACAAUGGAAGCUUGUGCCGAUACACAAUCAAGUGGUGAAACGGGUGUGAAACAGGAGUCUGAGAGUGGCCUGGCCCAGGCUUCCAUUGCAUUGAGCCAGGCGACGUCCAGCAGUCCUACCGUGGCCUUGGUGCAGCUGCCCAACGGCCAAACCGUCCAAGUGCACGGGGUGAUCCAAGCGGCUCAGCCUUCGGUUAUCCAGUCCCCUCAGGUCCAAGCAGUUCAGAUUUCAACGGUUGCUGAGAGCGAAGACUCUCAGGAGUCUGUCGACAGCGUCACAGAUUCUCAGAAGAGGAGAGAGAUCCUGUCCAGACGACCUUCGUACAGGAAAAUCCUAAACGACUUAUCAUCAGACGCUCCGGCCGUUCCGUGCAUCGAGGAAGAAAAGUCAGAAGACGACUCGGGUCCGGCCAUCACCACCGUCACCAUGCCCACGCCCAUCUACCAAACCAGCAGCGGCCAGUACAUCGCCAUCACUCAAGGAGGGGCCAUCCAGUUGACCAAUAACGGGACCGACGGCGUUCAGGGUCUGCAAGCUCUCACCAUGGCCAAUGCUACCACGGGCCAACCCGGAACCACCAUCCUGCAAUACGCCCAGACCAGUGAUGGCCAGCAGAUUCUGUUGCCUAGCAACCAGGUGGUUGUACAAGCCGCCUCCGGAGACGUUCAGGCCUAUCAGAUCCGCACAGCGGCGACCAGCGCCAUCGCCCCCGGGGUUGUCAUGGCGACCUCGCCCGCAUUGGGCACGGGGACGGGAACAGAGGAAGUCACGCGUAAACGAGAGGUGCGCCUGAUGAAAAACAGGGAGGCCGCCCGCGAGUGUCGCAGGAAGAAGAAGGAGUACGUCAAGUGUUUGGAGAAUCGCGUGGCCGUGCUGGAGAACCAGAACAAAACCCUCAUCGAGGAACUCAAAGCCCUCAAAGACUUGUACUGCCACAAAUCCGAGUAGGCGCGGCGUCAAACGCCCGCCGACUGUACAGAGACUCAGCCAAGAGCCAUGCGUACGGAUGCCAUGCUAACUUUUCUAAUUGUUUCGCUUUGUAAAAAAAAAAAAAAAAAAAAUUGGAAAAAAAACUGCAAGACAUGUAUGUGGCCCAGUCGGCAAAGUUAACUGCCAAGUACUAAGUUAGCGUUCCGUUCCCUUGACGUCGUGAUGAGUGGAUUUGUCCUCAAAGGAGCGCCCUGAAAUGAAAUUGGCCAAAGGAAGGGAUGCUGUCGCUGAGGCUUGACGAGGAGGCGGAGCUACAAGAUGUCAUCGGCCCUAGUGAUCCAACAGUCGCCCCCUCCCUGCAAGGGCUCACUUGAAGACGGAACAAGUGAUUUGACGCCGUCGCUGAAUUCGCAGCCUGGGUUCGAUCUUUGUUUCUGCUCUCCUCCUUGGCUCACUUUGCCUUGCUACGCAAACAUUAACGCUUACCGAUCAGGUAGAUAUUUUUUUUUUUUUCUUAAUUGGCGUUUGGUCUCUAACCUUAUAACUGCAGGGUCAUUAUUUUUUGUUUGUUUUUUACCAAUCUGCACAUUUUUUUAAGAUAAACUGGAGCUCCACCAAUCUGUUUGCAAUAAACAAGGGCCUUCUUUUAGACCUGGAGUGAGAAAGGAAGGAGAAAAGGGGAGAAAGAUGAAUUGACACAAAGCGCAUAUGUGAUCCUCGUAUUAUGAAAUGCUUUUUGUAUUGUGGCUUUUAAUCUAACCAUUUCUGAUGUCAUUAUUUUCUUAAAAUAAAAACCAAAAAUAAUGA